GUUUCGCGCGAAAAGCUCUUCUUCUUUUAUGGAGACCUCAGCUCUGAACCGGACGGACAGGAGCCACGAACCGGUUUGGUUUCUGCUUUUGUCUGACAGAGUCACUGAAAAAUCUAAACUCGGAGCUUGUUCUCAGUAAGACCUGAAGAGUUACAGGAACCGAUCUGUAAUAUCUUGGACGUUUUCUUCAUUUUAAUUAAUCAGGUCAGCUGUGUUACCGGACAAAGAACAGCAGGCUGCAAACACGCGUGGAUCGCACGUUUUGUGCACGCGCGUGUGAUUUAACAGCUGUAUGAGUUCUUCUGGGUUCUUUCUUUUAUUUGAUUCGCGUCUUUCUGCGCUGCAGUAGAGUCUCUGAGGUCCGGAUCGGGAUCAUGAUGCGGAUGCAAGGCGUCUCCCCGGCGCCGCCCUGCGCUCAGCAGAAGGUCAAGCUUUUGUCCACCGGAGGCGUGAAGACGGACCUCCUCUGCACCGGGCUGUCCAGCCCGCUGAUCGGCGCGGUACCGGUUGGAUAUUUCAAGGCCGUUCCUGCGGAACAAAGAGCCCACAGCCUGUACUCAACCCCCCACGGACCCGAGGCCAAAGCCAUCAGAUCGCCCUGCGGUCGGCUGCCGGCUAAAAGAAAGUUGGAUCUAGAGGACCCUCUUUACCUCCCAGAGUUCCACACACCAAAAGGAAAAUGCAGCAUCACAGCCAGGAUACCAAGUCCAAGAACACCAAAAUCUCCGGGUGAACGGACGCGGUACGACACUUCGCUGGGCCUGCUGACCAAAAAGUUUGUGGGUCUGAUUGCUGACUCUCCUGAUGGAGUUCUGGACCUUAACUGGGCCACGGAAGUUCUUGAGGUCCAGAAGAGGCGCAUCUAUGACAUCACCAAUGUCUUGGAGGGAGUCCAGCUCAUCAGAAAGAAAUCCAAAAACAACAUCCAGUGGUUAGUUGGAGAUAUGUUUGAGGGAGGUCCGGGCAGAGGAGAGAAGGCGUGCGCGCUGAGGAACGAGUUGGUGGAUCUGGAAAGAGCAGAGCACUGUCUGGACGAACUGAUCCACUCCAGCAGCACACAGCUCAAACAGCUGACUGAAUACAAAGACAGUCAGACGUUAGGAUAUGUAACGUACCAGGACAUCCGGUCUGUCGCCACUUUCAAAAACCAGACGGUCAUCGCCGUCAAAGCCCCGGCUGAGACCAAACUGGAGGUGCCAGAUUCUGCAGGGCAGGGUUUAUUACAGAUCUAUUUGAAGAGCAAAAAUGGUCCCAUAGAAGUCUACCUGUGUCCAGAGGAAGGCCUUGAAGAUGCUAGUCCCGUUAAAAGUGGCUCCACCCCUGUGAAGGAGGAGCCUCAGCCUGUCGAUCUGCCCUCGGCUUCCACCGCAGCGCCACUGAGCUUCACCGUUAAAGAGGAGCCUGUGGAACCCAACCCGUCUACGACGACUCCGACCGCCUCUUCCGCCGCGCCUUCGUCCCUGCUGGACGUGGACGGCCUGCUGGGUUUGCCCCCCAGCCUGCUCCAGAUCACCGAGGACCAGCUUCCCAGCGCCUCCUUCGCGGCUGACUCUGGUGCCCAUUUUGUCAGCUUUUCUCCAUCUUUGGACCACAACGAUUACCUCUGGGGCCUGGAGGACGGAGAGUGUGUGUCAGAUUUUUUUGACACCUACGAUUUGGGAGAUCUGUUGACGAGCUGAGGUACGGAUGAAGGAGGAAUUUUAUAGGAAAGAAGGAAUGGUUAACUCGGUUCCUUCCUUGCAUAUGGAAAUAUCACACUAGGAAGUCAUCACUGCAGUUUUACCUGUCAGGAAGUCAAUGGAGGAUUUACUUUAUUCUGGUUUGUAUUUUCUUU